AAUGAUUUAUGCAGAUUGUUUUAUAAAAUCAGAAAAGUGUAGAGCUGUUGAAUUUGUACCAAGUGAAGGAGACUUUCCUAUUGUUCAAUUUGCUGCUAAAAAUGCUGAAGAUUUUGCUGGUGCUGCAGAAUUAGUUUAUGGUCAUUGUCAAGGAAUCGAUUUAAAUUGUGGCUGUCCUAAAAGAGAUGUCCGCUCAGAAGGUUUUGGUUCUAAACUUUUGGAUGAUCCCCAACUAAUAUUUGAUAUUGUUAGACAAUGUAGAAGAAGAAUAUCAGAUGAAAACUUUUCAAUUUCAAUAAAAAUAAGACUAAAAAAAUCGUUGGAAGAAACUGUGGAUUUGUGUAGAAAGGCAGAAUAUGCCGGUAUUUCACACAUUACUGUUCAUGCUAGAACUGUUGAACAAAGAAAUGAGCCACCCAAUUAUGAUUCGAUUGCAACAAUUAAACAAGCGUUAAAUAUCCCUGUAUUUGCUAAUGGUAACUGUAAAACACGAUUAGAAGCCUUAAACAUAUCCAAAUUAACAAAAGCUGAUGGUGUAAUGGCCGCAAAUGGUUUAUUAGAAAAUCCUGCUAUGUUUGCUGGUUAUUUAAAAACACCAAAACGAUGUGUUUUAAAUUGGUUGGAAAUGGAGAAGGAAGAAAAUUUGUCUUUUGAAUAUUUUCAUCAAAUUUUGGUUUUUAUGUUGAGGUUAGGGGUAGAGAAAAUUUUUUUAAAAUUUUUUUUGAAGCAUGCUCAGAUCAUGUGA